GGCAACACCCGAGAAUACCAUUCUCGGGCAACAAAGGCUUAUAUAUGUUAGUUUACUAAAAUUACGUCACUGAAGUAAACACUAUGUUCGGUGCCACUGUAUUCUUCAUACUGGACACAUAGUCUGUGGCACAGUAGAAAAGGUUUUACAUUAUUACUCUGAGGGUUUUUCGAAAUAUUAAUGAAUGUUUGCUCACUGUUAUUUUAUUAUGAAAUUUGAGUUUUCAUGAAACAAAAUGCCCCAAGAUGCCUGGGAAGAAAUUCAAGCUAUCAAAAGUAAACGUAAAAGUUUUCGGGAGAGAUUGGAAAAGAGAAAAAAGGAAAGACAGGAGUUACUGGGCUCAAGUUUGGGUCCCGCAUCUUCAGUAAACACAUCAGAUGUAACAACUUAUACACCUCUCAGCUCUACAGUCAGCAAAGAACCAAAAAGCGAGAAUCCUGAUGAUCUAAUAACGAUCGAUCCUGAAUUGGAACGCUCAUUACUGAGGGAAUUAAGUGAAGUGACUCUCCAGUUACCGGUGUCCUCUUGUGAUCUUUUAACUGCCCUUAAGCUGUUAGCAGAUCAUGACAGUUCUCAUAGAAAGAUAUGUAACUUGCUUGAGAAAUUUGCUUUGCAAAAACUUAUAACAGUUAAGACUUCUUCAAAAGAUGGAGUGAAUUUAUUAGAAGUGUCUCAUAUUGAGGUCUCUAAAGUGAAUGCGAUGAUACUGGGUAGUACACUAGAAAAGCCAGAAAUAUCCAAUGAUGACCUAAAAAGAAGGCGAGAAGAAACACCAGAAAAAAAUGAAUUAGAUGAGGAAAGGAGAAAAAAAGACAAGAAAGAACCCAAAGCUGACAUAUUGUCUCUACUAUCUAUGCCCUCAACAAAGGAAAAAGAGAGCAAAAAACUAGGUGAAGAAAUUCUUGAUUUGUUGAGCAAACCAACAGCCAAAGAGCGCUCUUUAACAGAACGUUUCAAGUCACAAGGUGGUAAACAGCUGAUGGAAUUUUGUCCUCACGGGACUAAAUUAGAUUGUGAAAGAAACGGCAUAUCUGAAUGUAAGAAAUUACAUUUUAAAAAAAUUUUGCAGAAGCAUACUGAUGAGUCUCUAGGGGACUGUUCAUUUCUGAAUACCUGUUUCCACAUGGAUAGUUGCAAAUAUGUGCACUAUGAAGUAGAUAAGAGUUCAAGCUCAGAAGAUAAACCUACUAUACCUAGCGAACCAUUAGUCAGAAUGGAAAGUACAACUUUGUACCCUCCGCAGUGGGUUCAAUGUGAUUUGAGAUAUUUGGACAUGACAGUGUUGGGCAAGUUUGCUGUGAUUAUGGCAGAUCCACCAUGGGAUAUACAUAUGGAGCUGCCGUAUGGAACAAUGUCUGAUGAUGAGAUGAGGCAGUUGGGCAUUCCCCAAUUGCAAGAUGAUGGUCUUAUAUUUCUCUGGGUAACAGGCAGGGCAAUGGAACUUGGUAGAGAAUGCUUAAAGCUUUGGGGAUAUGAAAGAGUAGAUGAGAUAAUAUGGGUAAAAACUAAUCAGUUGCAAAGAAUUAUCAGAACGGGUAGGACCGGACAUUGGUUGAAUCAUGGAAAAGAGCAUUGUCUUGUAGGUAUGAAAGGAGAUCCCCAAGAUUUGAAUAGAGGACUGGAUUCCGAUGUGAUUGUGGCAGAGGUUCGCGCAACCAGUCAUAAACCGGACGAAAUAUAUGGUAUGAUUGAACGCUUAUCUCCAGGUACAAGAAAAAUUGAAUUGUUUGGUAGACCUCAUAAUAUUCAACCAAACUGGAUAACACUUGGAAAUCAAGUAGAUGGCAUAAGGUUAAUUGAUCCCACUUUGAUUGAAAAUUUUAGAAACCGAUAUCCAACUGGAAAUUGUAUGGCUCCUCCACCUGAGAAUACACAUAAUUAAAAAUGAACAUUGACGAAUUCAGGAAUAUUUCUCAUGAUGGUUUUUAUAUUGUGACUAGAAUUAGAUUGUUAAUAAAUUAAAUUUUUUCUAA